UCCCAUAAUUCCAUAGUUUCAAGAUGGCAGCGCCCUUGGUGCGCGUGUUGGUCCUCAGUUGUCACGGUACAUUCUACCCGAGUCUGAGGUGUUUUAGGCACUUUCCGUUAGAAGGUGCAAGUCAUAUAAAAGAUCUACGUUUCUGUCAUCCGGUUCGAGCAUUUGUAUCCCAGUGGUGCCUUCGGUCUCCAAGAACUUAUACCGGCGCCGAAGUUUCAAGCUCGGCCGCAGGGAAAUCACGGCAUGCACAGCACUCCCCCGGCUCUGCGGUAUUCUCAGACACAGAGAGUCGUGCCAGUGACAGUGACGACUUUCAACACGCAACAUCUGAUCAGCAGACAAGUUCACCCUUUGAUGGUAACAGAGAAGGAGAGGUUUCAGAGAAGGACGUGCGAAUUUACAGUGACAAAUCAUGGGCAAGUGUGCCGCGUAGGAGACGUCAGGAAAAAGAAGUACAGAGUUUGCCGGAUGAUGCACCAGCCAACGCAAAAACAGUAGCAAUGAAAAUCAGGAGGGAGCAGAUUUUAGAGAGAAAGAUAAAAGAAAAAUCAAGAUCAGCUUCAUCAGAUGAGCAUAACCAAAAGAAUGAAGCAGAUCAGUCUGUUCCCACCAAGAGGAGAGAUCUGGAUAGCAAAGGAUUCCGCAAUCUGCGACACCAAGUGCAAGAUCUGAGCAGAUUUCAGGAAGAUACAGUUGCCUCCAUUCUGUUCCGAAGUGUCAUAUACAAUGAAGGGGAACUUAUUGCCAUAGACAAGCCAUACGGUUUGCCAUCGCAUGGUGGCCCAGGUGUGGUGCACAGCGUCGACUCGCUCCUCCCCCUCCUUGCAAAGAAGCUCCGCCUUGAAAAGAGUAACCCCCACUGGAAGCUCUACUUGGUCCACCGGCUGGACAAAGAGACCACGGGUGUCAUGCUGCUGGCCAAGACCGAGGACAUGGCCCAGCGGCUGCAUCACAUGUUCGUCCGGCACCAGGUGGGCAAGAAGUACUGGCUGGUGACCGUCGGGGUGCCGGACCCCCAGGAGGGAGUCAUCGACAUGCCCAUGGUGGAGAGGGAGGUUGCUGGAAAGCACAGGAUGGGCAUCAGGCCAGACAUUGGAGCCGUCUACAAGAACCUGGGCAGGCUGGGCCGAGGGGAGGGUACGAGGGCAGUGACGAACUUCCGAGUCAUAAAUGAAAAUGACCAUGCUGCACUCGUGGAGGUUCGGCCAGAAACAGGCGUCAAGCAUCAGAUCCGAGUCCACAUGGCCCUAGGCAUGGAUUGUCCAGUGCUAGGGGAUCACAAAUACUCCCACCACAGUAAACUGGCUCCGCAGCGGCUACCAAUGGCCAUUCUCCACCAGCUUGGCAUCCGGCAAGCUAAGGCACGCACCGUACCCAUGCACCUCCAUGCCAGAGAGAUCAAGCUCCCAGAAUUCCUCAAUGGCAAAAACCUUUACAUCGCCACCAGGGUGCCCAGGUUCUUCCAGCAAAACAUGAAGCGGCUGAAACUCAAAGUGCCAUAAACCUUCAAAAAAAAUGGUUGACCGUGGAGGUCACGCUUCACUUGCACGCCAGGAAUAGUGGUUGUAGAAUGUGAUGUUCAAAGUUCACUCCCAAUGAAAACCAUGAGUACUGUCUCUCCUGGUAAUUUAGAGCCCACAACUCCGGUAAUAUCUCCAUUGGAAUGCCUUACCCUUGACUCGCAGCAGGUUUAAUAUUUCUGUGGCUUGGAGAUAUAUAUAAGGUGGGUUUGAUCAGCUUUGACAAGUUACACAGGUUCAACCUCGUCCCCGCCGUCUUGCCUGUUUGACAUAGCACACACGACCAUCCUCAGGUAGGGGCUGCCCCAACGAAGCUAAUUAACAACACUAAUUGCUGUGCGCUAUCAACCAGUUAGUGUUAAUGUAAUUGGGACUGUGCUGUCAACCCAAGAGGACAGCCUGUCAAGGUCACAUUGCUUGAUAUUGUGCACACGUGUGAAAGGAGCAGAGGGCACCUGACCAGUUUUUAACAGAAUGUGCACAACCAUUAUUGCUGUAACAGUGGUGUUUAUGGCUUGGGGUGGUUCUGAAUGAAGUCUGUAAUACUUGUAACUGGACAGGCAGGAGGGGUUCGUGACUGGAUGCAUAUGCCUAUUAUGAAAUUGGCAUUUACUGCUUUUAAACCAAAGGUGAAUGAUAACUUGAAAAGGAUUGAUACUAGUUAAUUGGUUAAUUAAUCAUAGCCAGACAGAGAAAGAUAAUCAAAGCAGUGUGAAUAAACACCAAUAAAUUUGUAUGCUGUUAUUUUCAAAUUUA